UACAGUGUGAAAGUUUAAGGUUACUUUUAAGUUUAUGAAUUAUUGUUAUUUAUUUUUCUGUGAACUUUGAAAACAUACCCGCCAGUUAAUAAUGGGUAAACAUAAAAAGAAAUUGAAGGAAGACAAAGCAAAGGUUAAGUUAAAACAGUCGAAAACAAAAUUUCUUCCUAAAGGUUUAAAUGUUACAAAGACAGAUUUUAAAAUAAAACCAAUCGUUUUGGUCCAGCAGCUGAAGGAAAAAGAUGCCAGUACUCCCCUUAGUAAAAGAAAACUCGAUGUUAAGGAUCUUUUAAAUAGAAUCAAGCAUUAUAACGAAAAUGUUCGUUAUGGUGCAUGUGAAGAAUUAGCAGAAAUGAUGAAGAUUCACUCAGACGAGCUCAUAAAUAUGUAUCUGUCGCAAAUAAUUACAAGUGUUAGUACUCUAAUGCAAGAUCGUGAGCGAAAAGUCAGGAAAUCUGCUGCAAAAGUCAUAAAUACGAUUUUAGAAAUUGUACCCGAUUUUAAAGUGGAGGCAUUCUUUAAUCACUUUUCCACAAAUAUACGAUGUGCUAUGACAAAUAUAGAUAAAAACAUUCAAGAGGAUUCAUUGUUGUUUCUUGACUGCUUUAUAAAGUACAACUCCGGUUUGAUUUUUAAAACUUCGGAGAAAUUGUUGCCUGCUUUCUUUACCUUGAUAUCAAAAUUAAGAAGCGACUCCACUUUAAUGCGCACGUUGACAGUAAACUUAGGAAGUAAAAUGACGAGUGUUACAUGGAGGUUGAAAGUGUUAAGUAGAUUGCACGCUGUUUUAGAAACGAUUAUACGAAACCAUAAUUUGGAAGACAUUGAAAGAAGUGACGUUUAUAUAGAUGCUGAAUCUUGCAACUACAUUCCACUUUAUAAAGAAUCAUUUAGUACCACUUUAGACAACAAUGUGUUAGAUUUUGCCAAUAAUAAGUCCUUGGAAGGAGAUGCUUUAAAUAGGCACAUCAUAACGUUAGUACCGUUAUUAUAUGAAAUAUGGAUGGAAGUGGUGCCUGAAAAAAACAUCGGAAAAGGGGUUAGUGAAAACACAAUUUUAAAGGAUGAAGCAGCAGCUAUUCUGUCUUGUAUUACAAAAACUCUUUAUUUGUUGUGGAAAUAUGUAAAACGAAUUGAAAAUGAUCACAUAAACAUAAAAACUGUGUUUUUAUCUAACGAUGGCAAAAAAUUCAUACAUCACCUACUUACAAACUUUCCAUAUAGCCAAGUGAGCAGUAGAAGUAAAGAAAUUAAAGCAAACAACACUUUAAUGUUGUUAGAGAUUAAUACGGACCCAAAAUGUGUCGCAGAAAAUUUGUUGAUUUGUUACAUGUACUGUGUGUUAAACCUAAAUCAUACGCCCAUAAAAAUGAAAAUCGAACUAGAGGCGAUAACAGCUUAUAUCAGUAAAUGUUUAUUAACAAGGAAAUAUGUAGAUCAAAAAAGUGUCAAAUAUUUAAUAGUGUUUUUAAAAGCAUGUUUGGUAGAGGACCCUAAAUCGUGGAAGAGAGCCGGAGCAGAUUUGAAAAUCAUAUUAGAAAACACGGUGACUUUUUAUAAUUUUAAUACCGUCAGCGAAAAAUGCAAACUGGAAGUUUUUCAAAUAUUGUCUGACGUGGUGGAUGUUCCAUUUUUGAAAAGUUCACAGCAUUAUCAUUGUUGGUUCUCGACUCUACCAAAUCUUUUAUGUGAGCCGAAAAUAACAGAUGUAUUAGUCAACGCUUUACUUAAUUUGUCCAGGAAAAAUAUUGAAGUUUUUUAUAAAGCUUUGCAGAAGAAGUUAUCGUCAAUAUUAGAAAAUUUGGACGCUUUAAAAAUAGUUUUAACUUCUAACUCUAACAGUUUAGUGAACAAUGAGGAAACAGUCAAAAGAAAUAUCGUAAAUAUUUUCUUCUUCGUUCCACAUUUAGACGUGAAGCUCAUAUCCAAUUACAUAUUAACGAAUCCAGACUCUAAGUACAGUUAUUAUUUCAAGAUUAUGUUGAGCUUAAGAACAAACAACUUGUGAAGCGAAUUCGCGGACCAUCUUAACAAAGUGUUUGCUGGUUUUAUUAGUUAAUGUACAUUGUUUUAAAAUAGACGUGAGUUUAUUGUAAAACAAGCCGUUCCCGGUGCAUAUUAAAUGAAAAUUUUAUUA